AUGGCAAUGGCAACGAAGAUGCUGCUCCUGCUCGCUGUCGUGGCUCUUCUUGUGGCCUCCAGCGGCGCAUGGGAGACUAACAUGCACAUGCCGACGUCAGUUGCCACAGUCACCGCCAUGGAUGAGGCCGUGGCGCCGCUGAUCCAUGCGCUGCGGCCGCUGCUGGGCUCGGGCGGGCAGCUGGGGAGCCGCGCCGGCGUGGCAUGCGACAGCUGGCGGCUGGGUGUGGAGGCGCACAACGUGCGUGACUGGAAGACGGUCCCCGCCAGCUGCGAGGGCUACGUCGGGCACUACAUGCUCGGCGGUCACUACCGCCGCGAUUCCAAGGUUGUAAUCGACCAGGCCAUCUCCUACGUCGAGAGCCUGAAGCUCGCCGGCAACGGCAAGGAGGUGUGGGUCUUCGACGUUGACGAGACCACGCUCUCCAACCUCCCCUACUACGCCACUCACGGCUUCGGGUACAUGCCUAUAUAG